AUGACAACCACAGAACCGAGCCUUCAACUCCAUGUCGAUGAUGUGUGCACCUCCAACAGCAGCAACCAGUUAGCCGUCGGCUACGUUGAUAGAACGCAUGCUGAGAUUGAGAGCCAUACACCAUAUCCGACAAACACAUAUGGCAAAGUUCAUCGCCAUAAAGCCGUGCCGCGCCAACUGCACAAGGAGUUCUUGAGAGAUGGCAUACCACCCCCGGGCUUCGUACUAAUGCAAUGGCAAACCGAAAACAAGGCCGAGUUGGUUCCAUGCAGCGAUCUUCUUCUCUUGGACCGUUCGUUCAUGUCUGGAGACCUGGUGCGCAAAGGAAACCGAUCAGGGACCGUUGUCAGCACGAGGACGAGGUGCACCCUUCUUUCCAUGUGCGACGUCAGAGAAACCAAGAGCCGCAAGAUCAUGAAGUGUGCUUGGUUGCCUUUGCCUGAGGAAGAGGAGCCCUCUCUCGAACUGGUUAAUGAUGGUGGGCUGCUUUACGACGUACCCGCCUCCGAACUGAAGCUCGUGCAGACCUUCAACGAAGGUGACAUUAUCAUCUACAAAAAUUGGAUUGGCCGCAUAAAAGACUGCUUUGAUGAAGUCACUGUUCGAUUGACCGACAAUGGCGUCGUAAGUAUCGCAGACGAGGGUAAGCUGGAGCCGAUGAGUGGUGACCCCGAGGAGAGGUUUGCUGUUGGGUCGCUGGUCAAGACGAAGAAGGGCGUUCUCAGAACAGGCAGAUGGAUCUUCGGAACCUACUCUCCAAACACUCCGCCUAUCGGGGUCGUGGUUGACGUGCGCACCAAAGAAUGUCAAGUUGACUGGUUGCACCCUCGAAUGGAAGCUGCCAGCGAGACUCCGAUCUGGAGUAGUGCACCUGAGGGCGUACUUGGCCCCGACGAAUUGGAGGGUGACGACGUUCGCCUGUACGACAUCUCAAACAUGCCGUCAGAAUCAGGCUCGACUGCAGCACGUUCUGAUCCCGAGUUACAAGGCGGUUUGCGUGUAAGAUUCAGGGACCUUCCCGGAGCCUGCGCUAAGUACAAUGGAUCAGACUCUCAUGGCAAACUUGAGAAGCUCGACCGUACGCAAAAUCUUGGAUAUGAUCUAAAUGUUUUCACGAUUACCAGUACCACAACGGCAGCCGAUGUUCUCUGGAGCGACGACUCAACCAUAGAAACAGUUCGAACGACCUCAAUCAUCCCAGAUCCUUCGAUUGACGACGAAGAUGCAGUCUUCGCUGGCGAAGUUGUCUGCACGAAUGAGACGAGAGAGCCACCACCCGAAGCGAUGACGUCUUGGGCCAUAACUCCGGCGCGAGUGGGCAUCGCUCAUCGAGUCAAUAGCAAGGAUCGAGUAGCUCACGUCUCUUGGUUCAAGGAUUCUACACUCUCAUUCUGUGACAAGAGUUUGGAUCUGCUAGUCCCAAGCACGAAGCUCGGAACUCUCGGUGAGGAAUCCGAAGAAGUCAGUUUCUACGACAUACGGGCACCAAAGAGUGUCAAUCGCAACAGAGGAGACUAUGUUCUGUUGCUCAAAAUACCACCUUUGCCCUCUAUUGCACCCAACAGUGUCAACUGGUUCGGUGAAGUCGUGGAUCUUGGCAGGAACGGAAAGUGUACAGUCAGGUUAGGGGCAGCUGAGCCAGUACAGGAAGUCGAGUGUGACAUCACAGACACAGCCCCAGCCAUGAACCUAGACGUGGAAGACCACCCUCCUGAUGUUGACGACAAUGAAGACUACGAGUUUAGCGAUGAAGUCGAUGACGUCGACUUUGAGAUGGGUCACUACUCGGAUUCAGGAUCAGAGGAGGAUAUCUGGUUCGAAGAUGGACAAGAUAUCCCGAUCGACGACGCGGAUGAUUCUUGGAGUACGGAGGAUGAAGAUAACGACAAUACGGAUGCAAUGUCAACGCAAGACGACACGCCAGCUACGAACAUCAUAUCAACUUCAGCGCCCGUUACUCCUGCUACACAACCGGCUCAGGUCGAUAGUACAGACAAAGUCACGGAUCAGAAGAUGAGCAAUGUCUCUGUAGAAGAGUUACGCCUAUCCUCGCUACCGAAUGCACCAGCAGCCUACGAGAUCCUCGAGUCAGAGGUACCUUCAGACCACCACUAUCUGCUUCAAAGUGGCUCGACGUCUGCACACCACAUGAAGGGCGUGUCGAAAGAGCACAAGAUUCUCAGUGCGCCUGGUGCACUCCCGGAAGGUGUUUACGUUCGAACAUGGGAGUCCCGGAUGGAUUUGAUCCGAGUCUUAUUCGUCGGUCCGCUUGGUACGCCAUACGAAUACGCACCGUUCAUGAUCGACCUGCACCUACCAUCUCAGUACCCGUACGAGCCUCCAAAGGCAUUCUUCCACAGCUGGACGGCAGAGGGAGCAGGCAUGUCUGGGCGAGUGAAUCCCAACCUAUACGAGGAAGGAAAGAUAUGCUUGUCGCUGCUAGGAACAUGGCAGGGUGACGAGGCGCGAAACGAGGCAUGGACGCCUAACCAAAGCACUGUGCUACAAGUAUUGGUCAGCAUCCUCGGCCUCGUUUUGGUCAGAGAACCCUACUAUAACGAGGCCGGAUUUGAGCCCCUUCAAGGGCUUUCAUCCAUCAAUCAGAACAGCGUGGCUUACACGGAACGCACCUAUCUUCGCGCAAGGGCGUUCCUCAUCUCACCCGUUAGUCGUUUGGGCCGCGGAGAAACAGCAGGGUUGGAGGGACUUGAAGAUGUACUGCGCUGGCUUUACACUGAUACUGAUGGCGCAAAGUUGUUGCCCAAAGCAAUCAAUGCAGCACAUACGAUAUUGAGGAACAGCGAGGAUGGUGCAAAGGUUGAAGUUCGUGACGGACUCAGCGUGGUCAGCAGAGGAGCAGCUCUGCCUCUGAAGAGAGUUGUAGCACGCUUGGAGCAGCUAGAUCAGGAAGCGACAUCACGAAUGAAGAGUUAA